UACUAAAGUAUGAAUUUAUAGUUUCCUCAAGUUCUUUUCGACGUUUAAAAAAUAAGUUGGGUUGGACUAACGUCGCCAUUUAAUUAGCUCUACUUUGCGAAUGUCAUAUGUGUAUUUGUGUAAUGCAACAGAAAAUGCGAUAACGUAGUAUAUAUGGAAUUAAGUGAUAACAAAUGCGGUAGUUGAUAGUAAUUGAUGAUACUUUAAUAAUUUUUAUUUAGUAUUAAACAGAACGUGGCAGAUUGAACUCUUUGCAAGAUAACAAUUUGUUCCGUUUUUUGUGUACAAAUUUAGUAGAGGAUAGAACGUGGCAGCGUAAAGUACGUGGAGUUUUUAAUUACGUGGUUUGUGUAAUCAGGUGAAAAAUUUUAUUCAGGAUCUAGAAUGAGUCCUCCAAAUGUUUUAGUAACCGGAGGUGCGGGAUAUAUAGGCUCCCAUACAGUAUUGGAGAUGUUGAAUGCAGGUUACAACGUAAUUUGUAUAGAUAACUUGAGUAAUGCGUAUAGCUCAGGGUCGUCUAAACUACCGGAGUCAUUAAAUAGAGUCCAAAAAUUGACUGGGAAAACAUUAAUUUACUAUUGCAUAGACAUUACUGAUAGAGAUCAAGUUCGUUCUGUUUUUCAAGAGCACAAAAUCGAUAUGGUGGCUCAUUUUGCUGCGCUUAAAGCAGUUGGAGAAUCUUGCCGUAUACCGCUACAAUACUAUCAUAAUAAUAUGACGGGAACAAAUGUUCUCCUGGAAGCUAUGGCUGAUAACAAUGUGUUUAAAUUUGUGUAUAGCUCCAGUGCCACUGUUUAUGGUGAACCCAAAUUCUUGCCUGUAACUGAAGAACAUCCAACCGGCAAUUGUACAAGUCCCUAUGGCAAAACAAAGUAUUUUACCGAAGAAAUUUUAAAGGAUCUAUGUAAAUCCGAUAAGCGUUGGGCAGUUAUGUCAUUGCGUUACUUUAAUCCAGUUGGAGCACAUCCGAGUGGAUGUAUUGGCGAAGACCCCAACGGAGAGCCUAAUAACUUGAUGCCUUUUAUUGCUCAAGUGGCCGUCGGACGUCGGGAUGUUUUGAAAAUUUAUGGUUCUGAUUUUCCGACAAAAGAUGGAACCGGAGUACGCGAUUAUAUUCAUAUUGUAGAUCUCGCAGAAGGACAUUUGAGAGCUCUGGAAAAAUUAAGAAAUGUAGCUGAGACUGGAUUUUUUGCAUAUAAUCUUGGCACUGGUGUUGGAUAUUCUGUUCUGGAAAUGGUACAUGCCUUUGAAGAGGCUAGUAAUCGAAAAAUUAACUAUGAAAUAACUGAUCGGCGAUCUGGUGAUGUGGCGACUUGUUUCGCCAAUGCUUCGCUGGCUGAAACUUCUCUCGGUUGGAAAGCUAAACGCGGCAUUAUUGAAAUGUGUGCAGAUACUUGGCGUUGGCAGAGUAAUAACCCUAAUGGUUAUGCUUCAAAAUAAUUUAAUUUGUAUUUGGCAAUCAGUAACAUCAGUUCUUAAUAUGAUAAUACUAAAUUUUUAAUAGUAAUUUCUAGUAUAUGUACAUAUGUA